AUGAUCAAACUGGAAUACAAUCGAGCACUUGAAGAAGAACAAAUCAAGAAGCAGCUCCAGACCCACCCAAUUGGGAAGAAACUACUAGCCACCAGACUAGGAAUCCCCCAGAUCAAAGAAGCAAUCAACAACAGGAUCAAAGAAGAACAACUCAAGAGGAAGCUUCUGAGCCUUUCCCUUGGAAGAAAGCUCAUGGACGUAGGACUUAAAAUGUCACAGAUCAAGGACUGGGCAGACGCACAGUCAAAGAAGUUGCAAGAAGCAAACCUCAGAAAGAAAUUCCAAGGUCACCUAAUCAGGAAGAAACUUAUCAUUGCAGGAUUUGAAACAUUCAAAAUCAUGGAAGCAGUAGAGAAACGAGGCAAGGAGCUGGAAGGAGAAACCAAGCUCAAGGAGAAACUCCAGAACCGCCCAAUUGGGAAGAAACUUCUUUCCAUAGGAUUGGUGACUCCCAGAAUCAUGGAAGAAGUCAACAAACAGUUCGCUCAGCUAAUGAAGCGAAUGACUGCAUCAUCAGCAGAUCAUCAAAAGGCAACCACAGACACUUCCCCGAGCAAGACCUAUUCAGAACAGUCUUGGACGAUGUCAUGA